CUGUGAGAAGAAGAAGACAGAGGAGGAGGAGGAAGAGGAAGAAGGCUGCAUGCUUGUCCUCAAACAAACCAUCUGAUGCUGAGCUGGGACCUCGGACUGCUCCAUGUGUCUGUGCGCUGUGGCGUUUAAGUGUCGGAGCUGUUGAAUGAACCAACAAGAAAUGAGCUCGGUCAGAGAGGAAGGUAAAGACCGAAUCAUCUUUGUCACCAAAGAGGAUCAUGAAGCGCCCAGCAGUGCGGAGCUCCUAGAGGAAGAUCCUAAUGACCCGUAUGAGGAGCGAGGUCUGAUUCUCCCUAGUGGAGAGAUCAACUGGAACUGCCCCUGCCUGGGCGGGAUGGCCAGUGGUCCCUGUGGGACUGAAUUUAAGGAAGCCUUCUCCUGUUUCCACUAUAGUAAGGAGGAGGUGAAGGGCUCUGAGUGCCUGGAGCAGUUCAGGGCCAUGCAGGAGUGUAUGCAGCGUUACCCAGAGCUCUAUCCUCAAGAAGAUGAUGAGAAGCCCCCACAAGGACAAUCCUCAGAAACAGACCAGACCUCACAAGACUCUGAAUCUGCAGAAAUGUCAGGUGCAAACUCAACACCUGCCCCUGAGCAAGACUCCAACACUGCACAACCCAACACAGAGGGCUCAGUGGAAAGCUAUUGAUGAGCUAAAAUCACAUUUAGUCCAUUGUGCAGUCAAAAAUAACGUCAACAUGUUGCUAAAAAUUUGCUGUUACAUUUUUCAUUGUUUAAAAAGAAGAAAAAGGGAUUUGGAAGAAAUAUCAAAUGCUCACUUUGCUCUCAGUUGCCGAAGGCGUGUGUCUGUGUUUGAUCGGCAGCAGCGAGCAGAAAUACCAGAAACAAAGUAAACAAACUCACAUCUUACAAGUCAUAUGCGUACAGUGUGUCGUUUGCAGUGGUAUCGACGAAUGUGGACCACAACAGCAUCUAAACUAACCGAACUGCAAUUUGCAGAUAUGUUUACAUGCUGUUUAUUCUGCUGCAGCUCUAUCCUCCAUACCGACAUCAGCAGUGCACUUUUGUUCCUCGGGGGAAAUGUUUGUGUGUUUGCUCGUUCAACAACAAGCUGCGUGCUCGUGUCGGUUUAGAAGUAGACUUCGCAGGAAAGCUAAUGUGGGUUGUUUUUCCUGCGUCUGUGGCUACUUCCAUGAUGCAAUUUGGUUUGGCUGUAUGGAAACAAGUUCUCCAUCUACGUGAAACAGAGCACUAAAGAUUUUCCAGUGAACUAAUCCAAAUGAAGGAGGCGUCAUCAUAAAACAAAAAAAUAAAAUAUAAUUUUAGUUUCUGACACGGCAUGUACAGAGUAGGUAUGUACGCUGUAUCAGGCAAAAGAUGACAUUUAAUUCCAGUUUUAUAUCAGAUACGAUGGGCUUCUAUGCUUGUAUAAAACUAAUAUAAUAUGACCAAUAAUAAGAUGACUGUACUGUGUUUAAAUUCAGGUUGUUUAAUCUCACUUUUGGGUUCAUGCAAAUCAAGAUUAAAGACAUAGAUAGCUCGACAUGCUGUGAUUUAACAUAAAUGCUGAAACUCUAAGAUUACAGUAAAAACACGUUUUAUUCUCCUACGUUCUAUUAUAGCUGUCACAGCUGCUAUUUUCUUAUAGUGUUCACGGUAUUUUAUUUUACAGACAUGUUAUACAUAAAGUUUAUAUUCAUAUUAAACAUUGACUCAAAGUUUUUAGAAGUCAUGUUACUGAUAAAGUUUGGCCUGUGGGACUUUUUAAGUGUUUCUUCUGCUAAUUUAUAACUAGACUUCAAACUUUUUACCUCAGCUGAAUUCAACAGAACAAUUUGUGUGACGCACAUGACUGAAUGAAGUGACUUGAAGUGAAUGUUGUUAAAAAGUUUUAUAAUAAAAAA